GUGAAAGUCCAACUUGGACACACCAGUAGUGCAUUUAUGGGUCCUGGGUGGCUGCAAAGACUGAAGAGCUGGCGGGCACUCAACAUGGCGGGUGUUAACAACGGUGUGCCUGCUGGAGAACAAGGUCUGCCAGGGCAAGCAGCGGUACCCAGCGAGGCCGGUCCAGAAAGGGCACAGGCAGGUGGCGGCGCCACUGGAGGGGAAAGCAACAUAGUGUUCAAAAAGAAGGCACCCAGCAAAAACGUGAGGAGGAGAGCUCGCGAUGAUGGUGACGAUGAUGAUGCAGCUGGGGGAGCGUCGGCGGUAGUAAAGAAAAGCAGCAAGCAGCCACGUUGGGAGAAGGACGCUGGGACUCCCGAUGAAGCUGGCGCGCAGAAGAAGGCCGGGUUUGUGUUUGAUUCGAGCCGGCAGGUCCAAGUGGUAGGGGAUGCAGGGGCCACGAGGACCAACGAAAUGGAGACGGAGUUUGAUAAGGAUGGGCGGGCGCUGAGAGAGCAGCAGCUGAAGAAAGCAGGGCAAGGGAAAGAGGUCGAUGAUAAGGUGUACAGGGGUAUGAAUGCCUACACAGAUCAUCGAGCAGGGUUCCGGAGGGAGCAUACGAUAGCGGGUGAGAAAGGUGGAGGGGCGCAUGGGCCAUUGCGGGCGUCUGCGCAUCUUCGGGCGUCGGUCAGGUUUGACUACCAGCCUGACCUGUGUAAGGACUACAAGGAGACAGGAUACUGCGGAUUCGGGGACGCGUGCAAGUUCAUGCACGAUAGAGGGGAUUACAAGUCGGGGUGGCAAAUGGAAAAAGAGUGGGAUGAGAAGGAGAAGUUGAGAAAGGCGAGGUUGGCACAAGGAGUUGAGGAGGAACAAGAGGACGACGACGAGGAUAGUGAUGAGGAUGCCUUGCCAUUUGCUUGCUUUAUCUGCCGGCAGCCUUUCAAGGAUCCUGUGGUGGUUGGCCACCGGUGA